AUGCACUCGCCCGCCCAGUCGCCCAUUUUGGAUGUCACCGAGACCGUAUCGAUGCACUCCGAACUGGAUGCGGAACUGGAGUCCAAGAACAAUCCGUCCUACUCCAUUUCCAUUCCCCAGAAUCUUCGGCUAACCGGUCUGGGCUUUCCCGGCAUGAUCGGUGCCAAGAGAUCGUCGGAAACUCUACCCGCCUUCGAGUAUAUCGCACCACCAAGUCACGCUCUCCAGGCACUGGAAUUUCCGCUGAUGGAGCUCAAUCGUGUGGGCGUAAUUGGAGGCGGUAUGUUUCCGGGUUUUGUGCACCGUCGCGUCCGCGGUGAAAAGCGACCCAUUCCGGAGGCUCAAAAGGAUGCCAAGUACUUUGAGCGGCGCAAGCGAAACAACGAGGCGGCCAAGAGGUCCAGAGAUGCGCGGAAAAUCCGCGAGGAUAGGAUAGCAUUCCGAGCAGCGCUGCUGGAGCAGGAGAACUCCAUUCUGCGGGCGCAGGUCCUGGCGCUGCGGGAUGAACUGCAAACGGUGCGCCAGCUCCUCGGAGCCACAACAGCCGGCGGCAUGUUGUCCAUGGCCAGGCAGGUGUGA